AACGUCUGAUCGGUAGUUUUUUUAUUUAUUUUAUUCCGUUUUUUAUUUUUUUUUAUUUUUGAAUUCGAAUUUCGAAAAGCGAUUAAAAACAUGUCAAGUGCAUUAAGGCUGAUAUGUUGUUUAUAUAUCAUUUAUUUGAAUGUAACGUUUGUGUUGGCGGCAGAUAAAUUUCAACGCAACUUCCCGAAAGACUUCGUGUGGGGAGUUGGCUCAUCGUCGUAUCAAAUCGAAGGUGGCUGGAAUGCGAACGAUAAAGGGGAAUCCAUUUGGGAUUUUAUGACACAUAAUUAUCCAGAAAGGAUCGCUGAUCGCUCGAAUGCCGAUAUAUCCUCUGAUAGUUAUCAUCAUUGGCGUAGAGACGUGGAAAUGUUACGGCAAUUAAAUGUAAACAUAUAUCGAUUUUCGAUAUCAUGGCCUCGCAUAAUGCCCGGCGGUUAUAUGAAUAAAGUCAGCACAGAUGGCAUCAAAUAUUAUAGUAACUUAAUCGAUGAACUAUUGCAUUAUAACAUAACACCUAUGGUAACUAUAUAUCAUUGGGAGCUGCCGCAGCGCUUGCAAGAGCUUGGUGGUUGGACCAAUUCGGAAAUUAUUCCGUUAUUCAAAGAGUAUUCACGAUUGCUGUUUGAAAUGUACGGCGAUCGUGUUAAACUAUGGACGACCAUUAAUGAACCGUGGCACGUAUGCGAGCAGAGUUACGGUAUAGAUUAUAUGGCUCCAGCAUACGAUUAUCCCGGUAUCCCGUCAUAUCUCUGCGGUCACAAUUUGCUUAAAGCGCACGCAGAAGUUGUGCAUAUGUACCGUCAACAAUACAAACCAUCGCAAAUGGGACGAAUAGGCAUUACUCUGGAUGUAUCCUGGCCUGAGCCUGAAACUCAAUCACCUGAAGAUCUUCAAGCUUCCGAACGAGCCAUGCAAUUCUAUGUUGGCUGGUUCGGUCAUCCCAUUUUUUCGCAUCACGGCAACUAUCCGGCUGUAAUGAUUGAACGCAUUCGUAAUUUAAGUAAGCAACAGGGAUUUACGCGUUCUCGCUUACCUUCGUUUACGAAGGAGGAAAUACAACGGAUUCGUGGAACCUCCGAUUUCUUUGGUAUCAAUCAUUACACUACCAAUUUAGUGCGACCAAAUGAUCAUAACAAUACGGCCAAUUUUCCGAUGCCAUCUUUUAACCAUGAUAUGGGUGUUGUUGAGAGGCAAAAUCCCGACUGGCCUGGUUCCGGUUCGCCCUGGCUAAAGGUAUACCCGAAGGGCAUUUACAAUUUAUUAAUGUGGAUUCGACGCGAGUACAAUAAUCCGCCUAUUAUCAUCACUGAGAACGGGGUCAGUGAUAAAGGCGGCUUAGAAGAUUACGCUCGGAUAGAUUAUUACAACUCGUAUCUGACGUCAGUGUUAGAUGCCAUCGAAGACGGUGCUAAUGUUCAGGGAUAUAUAGCCUGGAGUUUGAUGGACAGUUAUGAAUGGAAGGCUGGUUUCACGGAAAAGUUUGGCUUAUACCAUGUUGACUUUAAUGAUCCGGCACGGAAACGCACACCAAAGAUAUCAGCGCGAGUCUUUGCUCAGAUAUGCAAAACGAAUGCGAUCGAUUGGAGUUAUCGUCCAUCAUUGGAUGAAGAGCAAAUCAUAGCAACGAUGCAUAUGUCAAAGAGGGUACACUAUGCAAAACACAACUCAGGAAAUACGUUUAGCGACAUUCGCGAGACAUUAGUGCUUCCGCUAAGUAUAUUAAUAGUAAUGUUUACAAUGCAUUUAAAAUAGGUUUAAUGUGACAUUUUUUGAAAGUAAAAUCACUGAAUAUGGAAAGCAAACACACACGCAGACAGACAGACAGACAGACAGACAAGCACGAUUUGAACAGUUUACAUUUAAUAAACAGAAAACUUUUUUAAUUGAUUUCUGAAAAAAAAAA